GUAUACCCGAAACUUGGUGGAUGAGGGCAACGGCAAAUUUAACCUCAUGCUUUUGUGUUGGAAUGAAGGUCAGGGCAGCAGCAUCCACUCCCACGCCAACUCUCACUGUUUUCUGAAGGUCCUCAGUGGCAGCGUCAAGGAAGAGCUGUUCGAGUGGCCAACUGGUAAACCUUCCGACGUUGUCAACGCCAACUCGGAGACUGAUGGAAAAGCCAUGAAAAAAUGGGCAGAGAACACAUACCCACAAAAUCAGUGUACAUACAUUAAUGACAACAUUGGCCUCACCGUGUUAGAAAACACCAGCCACUCGGAAAAAGCAGUGACCCUUCACCUUCACACUCCUCCAUUCGACGAGUGUCAAUGCUUUGACGAGAGAACCGGACGUGCGGUCACCGCCAAGGUCACAUUUUGGUCCAAGUAUGGCAGAAGAACUCCAUUUAAUUUAUUAUGCUCUACAGAAAACACGAUUUGA